CAGCCCUGGUUUAUACUCGUAAAGGUUUAUCUACAAUAUCUUCAAGUCUGUCACGGUAGCGCAGUAUGGUAUAGUCUCUGCUACUUAGCAAUGGUCAAGUGGGUGUGUCUUUUUACCUUACUCUCGAUCGUGUAUGGACAGAACACGAGUUUGUAUGAGUUGAAUAUUAUACAUUACAAUGACUUUCAUGCACACUUCGAUGAAAUAAGUCCGACCGGUGGAAUCUGCAACCCAGAUGAGACUUGCAUCGGAGGCUUCGCCCGGCUUUACACCGGUGUAAGGCAACUGCAAGAAGCGGAGCCCGAAUCUUUACUCCUGAACGCUGGAGACACCUUCCAAGGCACCAUCUGGUAUAAUUUCCUAAGAUGGAAUGUGACGCAGCACUUCAUGAAUAUGUUUGAACAUGACGCUCACGUUCUUGGCAACCACGAAUUUGAUCACGGUGUGGAAGGUUUACUGCCAUACCUCGAAAGACUGAACUCACCAAUGCUGGGUGCUAAUGUUAACACAACGUUCGAACCUGAAUUAGGGAAGUAUGUGAAGAAUCAUGUUGUGGUGGAGCGGCGCGGGAGAAAGAUUGGAAUCAUCGGAGUGUUGUUACGACAAUUUUCAGCGCCCAUAGGUAGAGUGAUAAUGGAAGACGAGCUGACGGCGGUGAAUCGCGAGGCGGCGGAACUGACCGCGCAGGGCGUUGAUAUCAUCAUAGUGUUGUCCCACGUUGGUUAUACUAGCGACUUAUUCUUAGCAGAGCGCGUAUCACCAACAGUGGACAUAAUAGUGGGCGGCCAUUCCCACUCUUUGCUAUACAAUGGCGAAGCUCCUGAUGGCACACGACCAAUCGGGGAAUACCCCACUGUAGUAACGAGGUCCGAUGGUCAUAGAAUUCCCGUGGUACAAGCGCAUUGUUACACACGGUAUUUGGGCAACAUUAAGUUAUUUAUUAAUAACGAAGGUAUUGUAGAAAGGUGGGAAGGUCAGCCCGUCUUCUUAGGUUCCUCUAUUGUUCAAGAUCCACUGAUGCUUGAGGAGUUGGAACCGUGGCGUGAGGAGGUGGACGCGGUGGGUAAGGAGGUGUUGGGGAGGACACACGUGACGCUCACUCGGUCCUGCUUCAGUGCGGAGUGCAACCUCGGCAACUGGGCCUGCGAUGGUCUCCUCGAACAGGUAAUGGAUCGAGCGAAAGAUGGCGCUUGGAAUGAGGCGCAUGUUUGUAUGGUUAAUGCAGGAGGACUUAGGAUGCAGAUUAACCCGGGAGAAGUGACAACUGAAGCGUUGCUGAUGGCGAUUCCUUUUGAAAACUACGUGCAAGUGUACGACCUGAAGGGUCAAUAUUUAAUGGAAGCGCUCGAGUUCUCAGUGGGCACGGCGCAGACCCCCGGCUCAUUUAACAGCCGUAGAAUGCUUCAAAUCGCAGGUAUGCGUGUCGUGUACAACGCGACGGCGGCGGCGGGCUCCCGCGUGGUGUCUGCGCUGGUGCGCUGCGUGCGCUGCGCCGUGCCGCGCUACUCGCCGCUGCAACUGGACAAGACGUACCGCGUGCUCACACAGAGUUACAUCGGCGACGGCGGCGGCGGCUACACGAUGUUGUCAGAGAACAGAGAGAACUUGGAGAACUUGGAGGUGGACUACGUGAUGCUGCAGAGGCACAUGAGGAAGCAGCGUGACGUCAUACAGGACCACGACGGCAGGAUACAGGUAGUCUUCUAACCUUGUUUGUAUUAAAUAUAUAGUUUUUUAACAAAAGA